GUUCCUCGCUCCGGUAUGAUGCCAGGCGACAGCAACAUGACCUCCAUCGUUCAGAGAAUAGCUCGGCAGGCUCUUGUUACCUUCAGGAGCCCGCCCCGGGUCGGCGAGGAUGCCGGUAAGUCUUUCCUGGAGAACCACGGCAAACUGAAGAGCCUGAUGACGGAAGUGCGAGCGGCGGACCUGAAGCUCGUCCCGCGGAGAGCCGACGACAGCACGCCCGGCGUGCCCCCUGCGCUCCCGUACCACCACGGGGCGCCCCCGGUCACCUAUAUGCACAUCUGCGAGACGGACCACUUCAGCAUGGGGGUGUUCCUGCUGAAGAGCGGCGCGUCCAUCCCCCUGCACGACCACCCGGGGAUGCACGGCGUGCUCAAAGUCAUGUACGGCAAGGUCAGGAUCAGCUGCUUCGACAGGCUGGAGCGACCAUCCGGCAGCACGCAGGCUGCGCCUUCGCUUCCCCCGGCCCAGAUGGGCGCUCUGCGGCGCUCCGUGCUCCGCUCCACCGGGGAGUACACAGAGGAGAGCGGCCCGUGCGUCCUCUCCCCUGACCGGGACAACCUCCACCAGAUCGACGCAGUGGACGGCCCGACGGCGUUCAUGGACAUCCUGGCCCCGCCAUACGACCCGGACGACGGCAGAGACUGUCACUAUUACAGGGUUCUGACAGAAGCGGAGGUUAAAAACACAGAGCAGAAGGAGCAGAAGGAGAAGGAGGUCUGGCUCAUGGAGAUCUCACAGCCUCCGGAUUUCUGGUGCGGAGGGGAACCGUACCCGGGCCCGGAGGUCUGCCUCUGAUCCAUCUGCAGCCGGCCGCAAAAUGUCUUCUUUUCUCGGACUGGUCUGGUUUAUAGACCUUAUAGUGGCACAAGACCGGGGCUUCUGGACAUGGUUGGGCAAAAUUGAGCUAAAUAAAGGGUCACUCUAAAUCUUCCGUUUGUCAGGGGGCAUGUGAGCCAGUCCAGGCUAGAGGUAAACCAGAGGGUCAACUUUGGGCCUUAUUUACGACCAAGAAUGUCACACUGCAGAAUAGAUUUUCCUUUACUUACAGCACAAAAUUAGGUUACCUCAUUGUUAGGUGCUGCUUGCAGUGCAGCAGGGGAAACACAGUAACAACAGCCUGUUAGUACUGUGAUCCCUCGCUGUAUCAGUAAGGAUAUUAUUGCUGGCAAAGCAGGUCAUUGAGUAAUUUCCCCUCAUCUUGCUCUCAAUGCGCUUCCUGGUCCUAUGGAGAUACUAUAGGAAACAUUUCAGAUAUUAGUUUAACCCCCCCGAAAGGGAAUUAAAUCACUUUUACAUGAUGGAUUUGCUCCAUAAUCCUCAGUUUUCUGAUGUUACCCACGUCCAUUUCAGCAUUGAUGUCUUUCUCUUAUGUGGUGAUGGAUUUUUAAAAAUAUCCUAGACAUUGUCCGAGAAGACAUGUCUGUCCCUGUGUUGAUUGACAGCUGUAACUACAGUCAGAGAGGAUCCACAAGACUGUCCUUAAGAGUUCAGGGUCAUCAGUAUGUGGCAGAAUAUUCAUGAUUAUCUACAAGUCAGAGAUUUGAUUCCUGCUGAGGUCACCUGAACGUAUCUCCUUACUGUCCUUUGAAGGCAACAGUCCUCAGCAGUUUUCUGUCCUGAAUUAAGGUUGAUUAAAUGUGGAAUUUUGACGUCCAAUAAGCAGCCAUCCAUCAGCCUAAAGGGAAAACUGAAAAUCACCAAAAUUGGAGUCAGGAAUGACGCGAGCAGUGUGCUAUAAUAAGACCCUGAAAGUUAUUUUUGCAUGAGUAAUGCCAAGAAAUGACAGAUUGAUGAUGUGCAGGGUGCUAAUGCUGCGUUCCAGAAAAGUUCAGAAGUUUGAAUUUGCUGCUUGCAUCUUGGUCGAAGUGAUUGUUUCAAGUUUUCGAUUCCACAAUGGAGAUUAGAGAAAGAACCUCGACAUCUCACAGCAAUCCUUUUAAUGACCUUUAAAUACACUACAUUUCAGCUUUCAGUAUUGCAUGAACUUCAGUCUAAAGGAAGUACUUGCCGAUAAUAUUUAUUUAAAAUGUGCACUUAUUACUACUAUAUUUAUUCCACAUAUUAGCUGUUGCAUGAGGCAUGCAUUUUUACAACACUGAAACAUAAUGUCUGGAGAUAUAAUCUACUUCCUGGGAAUUCCAGACUUCUGACCGCAUCUUGAAUGCAGCAUUAAAAGCAAAUCUGUCCGAAGCUGAGUCGACCUGAGCUGAGCUGUCUCUGUUGAAGUUGCCCGGGACCACAGAGGGACUGUGUCGAUGUGUUUUGAUUGUCUUCCUGCUUCAGGCUUUGUGAUGUUUGUUUUGUCAGAUGAAGAAACCGCGUGAACCUUCAGGUCGCUUCUGGAGACGUGAAAGCUCUCUAAAACUGCAGGUUCUCUCGCGUCGUGAUGUAGGACUAUACGAACUGUAGACUGCCUUCUUUUUAGAAAAGUUUGAUCCUCAGGUCUGUGUUUGUGAUUUGUACCGCCGACUGAUUUUAGGAGAUUGUUUGACAGAUGUGCACUAAUUAAGGCUUCUUAGCACAGACUCUGACUGUCUUUGCCACAUGAGGACAAAGAGGAAGAGAGGAAAGAGAAUAUCAGUGUGAUUACAGAAUAAGAGUCAUAAAAAUGUUUUUGUCAGUUUGAGGUUGGAUGUAAUCAGAAAUGCAGGGUGAAUCUGAGGGUUGGGUUUAUGAUAAAGUUUAUAGAGUGAAAAUUGUGAUUAUUUGCAGCUCAGCAGCUCAUGACUGAGGCGAAAGAAACUGCUGAACAAAUACUCUGCUACUUAAAAUCAGCACUCAGCUGUAAAGUAACAUCACAGUUCAUGUUGGAGAUUUCAUUCAAAAAAAUUAUAUACAGUAUGCACUAUUGAAAAAUGAUGCUUAUUCUGAAACAAGUAAAGCACUUAUAGUCAUAUAAAGACCUCUGCUCAUAAAGUGUUGGAGAAUGAGACUGUCUGAAAUGUCAAAUGAUGCAUUUUGGAUGAAUCUUAUCUCAGAAAUGAGGGGGAAAAAAAAAUCCAUUUGAGAACAGUGAAUGAGACUAAUGUGCUGUAGUUGAGUCACUGUGGGAAUGUAGACGAUACAGCUCUUAUAAUUAGCUCUUUAAAUCAGGCCUGAGUCUAGAAUCAGAUUCUCCUAGUUGGUGUUAAAUGAACAGUAAAUGUAUCAAAGUAUUUUGCCUGUAAUGAAGAUUUUCUGUGUGUUCAUAUAAAAUGUGCUGUUUAUUUUGCCUAAGCACGUCUGCUUCAUUCACUUCCAAGUGUGAUGAGCUGUUGUUGAAAUUACAAAAAAAAAAAAAGAGUUCAGCAAAGCAACUCGAUCUCUUCGACGGGUUUUGAAUCAAGUUGCAGACCUAAACCUUUUUCGUACUUGCAAUAAAACUUUUGCAUUUCCAAGCAA